AUACAAUGAUCUUAUAAACCAGUAAGUCUGACAGUUGCGAUUUCUCCAUAAAACCGCCGAUUUUCGAUAAACAUGGCAUUCCAAAUUUCCCGUUGUCUAAUACCACUUAUUCAAAAAAAUAAGCAUCAGAUUUUACAAUAUUUCAACCGGUACCAACGGAUAAAAAAUUUCAGCUCGGACUGCGAGAACAGUAAACAGACCGCAAGCUCCUGUAAAACCAAAUCGAACGAUCCCUGUAAGAAGAAAAAUGAAAAUGUAAGCGCGGUACUUUGUUCCCCAAAGGACAUCCGGAUUGAAGCCAGACCGAUGCCGAAAAUCACUUCUAGUCAGGUACUUGUGAAAAUUAUGGCUUGCGGCAUAUGCCACCAGGACCUGACCCUUUACAACGAAGGACAGAUCAGAUCUAAUAUCCUUAAACACCCUAUUGUGAUCGGCCAUGAGGCCUCGGGGGAAGUCAUGGAGGUUGGAUGUUGCAUUACCAAUCUUAAAGUCGGAGAUAAAGUGACUGUAGAACCUCAGAUUCCCUGCAGGUUGUGUCAGUUAUGUAAAAAAGGUAAAUACCAACUUUGUCCACACCUCAAGUUCUGCGGAACUCCACCUUUCGAUGGCAAUACUUGCAGAUAUUUCGCACAUGACGCAGAUUUUUGCCACAAGAUUCCAUGCCACUUAGACCACGAAGUAGGAGCUCUCAUAUCGCCUUUAGCAAUCGGUGUACACGCUUGUAAACGUUGCGAAAUAACCUGCGGAGAUGCUUUGCUUAUACUGGGCUGUGGAACCGUUGGUUUGCUCACCAUGCAGGCUGCCAGAGCCUAUGGUGCCUCACCAGUAGUUAUUUUGGAUACAGACUCGUUUAAGCUUAAAAGAGCGAUGGACUUAGGAGCCGAUUGUGCAAUCAACGUCAAAGAUGUCCCCGAGCAGGAAAUUGUGAAAAAAAUAACCGAGAUAAUCGGACGUCCUCCGAAUAAAACUAUCGACUGUACCGGGCAUGAGAAAACUAUAAGGGUGGGCAUGUUGUCUACUGGUAAAGGUGGAAAAAUGGGGCUAGUUGGGUCAGGAAAACACGACCAAUGUUUGCCAAUAAUGGAAACACUUAUCAAAGAAAUUAAGAUUGUAGGCUCCUUGGCGUACGCAAACGAUUUUGGCACCUCAAUCGGGUUAGUAGCUGAUGGAAAAGUUGAUGUAAAGUCUGUAAUAACGCAUCAUUUUAAAUUGGAGGACGCUUGUGAGGCGUACGCUUUUGCUAAUAAGCAGGAGUGCGGUACUAUUAAGGUUUUAAUUCAUGCCGAUCCUGAAUGGAAACCUACGUUAGAUAAGUGUAAAAAAGGUUGUUAAAUAUUGUAUAUUGUAAAUUUAUUAGAGGUGUAAGGAGAAUAUAUUGUAACUGUCA